AUGGAGGACCUAGAGCGACCAACAUGUGUGGCAUUACCUCCAACCUCUGUGGUGUUAUCCUCUCCACAACCCAUGAAUGACGAGUGUCUUCAUCUUCGACCUUUGAGCCGAUCAAAGGUUGGUCCCACUUAUUCAUUUUCGAGUCCGGAAGACUUAUUAGGAGAGUCACUCGAUUGCAGGAGAACAGCAAGUGCCGAAGCUACUGCAACAAGAAAAGCAUGCAUACAAUCGGGAACUGGUGGAUGUGGCCAAGCCUAUACCAAUACUUUCCUCUUACAUCAGCGAACGUGUAGUUUUCAAGUCGGGAGGAGAAGCGGUGAUUUAGCAACAUUUUUAGGUGACACAAACGCUCAAGAUUCACCCGCAAUAGAAAACUGGAGGAGUACAAAGGAUGACAAAUUCAACUCCCUCAUGAACCGGCUUCGGAAUGUUGCAGAAGACGUAGAAGAUGAUCUCCCACGAUGGCUACAAGAGGCAGAGGAAGCCGAUUUGGAUUCACCCCAUGUAGUCCCACACGAUUCAAUUCAGCGUUUGUUGGCCCGCCUCUGAUCAACAUGGGUUUAUAUUCUUUCGACAUCUGGGAUGGGAGCUCACAAUUCCAAAACGAAAAAAAAUCAUCCAACUUUUUAUAGACUCGACUUUGAAUAAGUAGGAGAAAUAAGAAAAAUUAUCAAAUUAGAAUGCUAAUUUCAUCCAUGGUUGUUUUAUUUUUCGUUCAUUUGAGGAAUCUGUAAGAGAGGAUGUACAUUAUUGAUAUUAUAUACUAAACUUAGAAGACAAAUUUUCGAAAUAUUUUUGCAACGUAAAAUAUGAGAUGAAAUUGAAACCUUGCUGUAUGUACUCCACAUGUCAUGCGAGAGUUUUAUUGAUCCAAAGCAUUUCUCUAUCUCACUCUCUCUCUCUCUCUCUCUCUCUUCUGUCCUUCUUUACUUGUUAUUUUACAUUCUUAAAUUGCCUCCGUUCACAGUGUAUAAUACAUAUCAUUCAAGUGGCUACAUGCAUGUUAUGUUAAAGAGUGUUCUCGUAAUUGAUUCUGAAUUGCCAAAUAAAAGGUAAUGCAAUAGACGUCACGGAAAAGCUUGUAUACAUACUUAUUGUUUAAUCGACAUAAUGCCAUGGCAACAUGACAUGCCUUAGUUUCCUUGAUCCAUGUUUCAGUAAACAUUUAAUGUGUAAUACAAUUUUGAUUUAUAUCAUAAAUUUUAUUUUACAACAGUUGGAGAUGAUGCUUCAUUUUAUCAGUAGCAUUCCAUCGUUAUUAAGCACGAUUAAGCUCAAAUAAAGGGCAAGUUAACACUUUAAAAACUAAUUAAACUGAUGAAACUAUAAUAAAUGUCACAGCGACCAGAAAUGGUAAAGUUUUACGUAAAUGUUAAUACCUAUGACUAACAACUAAUCCGUGCUAGAAAUAUAUCUUGUAACAAGUCUUGGUUAUUUACAUUUUUAGGAACUUGAUCCCCCAUAUGUAUGUCACAUGAGAGUAACAUUUCAAAUAAGAUAUCUUAUGACCCCAUUAAUCCUUACAUCAAUAUUAACCACAAUGAUGUGCUUGUGAUAAUGAUGAUAGCUUUACGUGCCGUAGACACAUUUAGUUCAGUACGAUCCACCUAAGCCUAGGGUAUUAAGCUGCAUAAUCAAUGACAUUGUACAUUUGAUCUUUAUUACUCUAUAAUAUCAUUGAGCGGACAAAUCAUCUUGGUAUCACAUAUGUUCUUUCAAAAGAGAAUGUUAUUGUAUGAAUCUAUAUUUACACAGGAAAAGGAUUUGAAAACAAGAAAUGGCAUCAGUCAACAUUUAGACGCUAAUGAGAAUACUUGGAAUAUAUAUAUUAAAUCAUUAUUGAUUUGUCUGGCUAGAUUUCGAUUGUCCUUUUAAAACCUUUGUAGUUAUUAUUUUUCAGUUUAAAGAUUCAGUUUCAUAACCUCUUGUCCGAAAUGCCUUAGAUUUCUUUCACUUAUUGAUAAAACAUAUUGAUAAAUCGAAAAAGUUGUUUAUAAAAGUGAAACGAGAGAGGAAAUAUUUGUCGUAAGAAUAGUAACAAUUGCCUGCAAUCACAAAAAUAUACGCUUUUUAUAUCACUUUGUCGAAACUUUAAUUACUUUUUUCGUGUUUGGUAAAUUAAGUGUCAUUUGAAAGAAAACAGUAUGCAGGUAUGAAAUUAGAUCUCCGAAAAAUCUCCUAAAAUCUCGAGUAAUGUUCUCCACACACAGCUGUUGAUUUCAGCUAUAAUGACAAGUACAAUGACGGUUUGCAAAGCAUACAUUGAAAAAAAAACUCUAUUUUUUUUAAAGAUUAAUCACAAUUUCAAUUAAAAGAAGGAUGAAAAACAUUACAACAGAUAAUCAGAAUCACUACUUUUUGAACUUCUAUUUUCUUUUUGAGAAAAAAAAAUGCGGAUAAAUUGUCUUCUUCAAUGCCUUAAGCGAGUUUUCUUUUAUGACAUUAAAACACUUGAAAUUACCCUCUUUUGAUACAUUUACCUUAAUAAGAUGACCAGUGUCUGGCAUUUCAUGGAAAUUUGUUUUCAUAAAUUGCCGUUUUAUGCGUUACAUCAGCAAAAGCGAUAGUUUAUAGAGAGGGUGAAUCGCAUAAAAGUGUUCCUAACGGCAAAGUUCAUCCGCGUAAUGGACCAUUAAGUUGAAUUUGGAAAAUGGAAAUAGGUUGAACCAUGCAACAUCCAAUAUGGAAUUAGCAUUUAUAUUAAACUAGAAUACUUGCACAAUACUUGACACUGGCACAGAUAAGAAGGAGGGUUAGCCAAAACGCUAUUUGAUAUAAUGGUACUGCAAGCAAUCAAGUGGCUAAACGCCUCAGUUGGUAUCCUUUACCUAUCACUUAAUACCUUCAAAACGAACAAAGGGACAGUAUAUGUUGUUUGUCAUUUUUCGGCAUAUCCUAUAGAAGGGGUGUUUAUAUUCUGUGUAAGCAUAACUUGGAUCGUACUGACCAUGCAAUUGAAACAUGUGCUAUGUAAAUCUAUAAAGGUACGUAGGGAAGAAAUCCUCUGAUAUGACAUGGCGUAGUUCAAUUGAGAUGUGAAGGCCUCUCGGGUUUCUAACAAGACGUUAAUAUCUAUAGCAAAGCAAUGGAAAUAAGUGAACUCCCAUGAAAGAAGUGACACCCACGCGGUCAUUUAGACAUUUACGUUUGCAUUCAAAAAUAUUAUGAUUUUUUUUCUUCUUCGUUUGUCAAGUUAUUCGGGGUGUUUGCAACAGAUAUGAGUGCCAUGAAGAAAUUGUAAAUUUACGAGAAACACCAAAUUGUGAGCAAAAGAUAAAUGGGUAUGCGCUGCAACACUCCGUCACCCGUCCAUUAAUGCUUAAAACAUGUACGUGUACUACAUGUACGAUUUAAAGUUAGGUAUGCAGCAGCACGUUAAGAUUGUACUUACCGAGGCAGUACCAGCAAGGAAUUGAAGGAACAGUCUCUUAUUUUCUACAAAGAAAGGUCUUCAGAAACAACUCUAAUAGCUGAAUUGGUACGAAAAGAAACGGUCCACAAGAAGAAAGAUUCGCAAACCCAGUUGAAAAAUAUUAAUGCAAGUUUUGUCAUUUUAAUUAUCAAUUUAUUGACCUGUAGGAAAAGGGCCUUCAAGAGCUUGUUGUGCUUUAUUUUCCGAAUAAAUUGUAUCAAUUUAGUUGGAACGAGGGGCAGGUGCAUCGAUUCUGUAGGGUCGGCGUGGUCGGUAGGAGGGCCGGGGGGGGGGGCACUGUAGCUACACCGCCACCACCACCAAUACCACCUGCCCUGACGAUAGUUUGACAAACUAUAAUGAGGUCAUCAUCUAAAACACUCACAAGCUUUUGUACAGUGUUUCGCCUCUGGCAUGCCUGGCGACAGUACAUAAAAGCAACGUUUUAGCGGUUAGGACAAGAUAAAAAGCAAAUUUAGAAAAAAAGCCACCACAUCUAUAUCUCUGUUUUAUAUAUAAAACUAUGAGCUUCAUUGGAAUACAUACACCCUGACCUGGAACAAGUGAACUCCUAAAAUUUUGACACUCUUCUUGAAUUAAUUAUGAAUCCUCACAAGCGUGUAAGUUCAUCACGUAGAAAACAUUGCACACAAAGGUGUUUGGUAUGCUCUUGAUUGAAGUCUUUUCUGUUGAAAAUGGGUCUUUCUCAAACAUGGGGGCCUGUUAUGAGAGGAAAGAAGGGAGAUGGAGAAAGAGAGCGAGCGGGGUGGGAUGGAAGAAAGAGUGAGUUAUCUGCACUGCUCUGUAUAAAGUGGCCGCAUAUAAAGUACUGCACGUAAUUCUUUUUACAAAACGGACCCAACUUGGAGCGUUGAUUUUAUUAGGGCGGUUGAUUCGCGUGCAGUAACUUGAUUUGAAGGUGUACGGCGGUUGAACGAUGCAAUAAAUGGCGGAAAUAUUUUGUAAAACGUGAGCGAAUUAUGAACUAAAGAGUGAAGAUUAAUUACGUUAAAUUGCAAUUGGAUAUACAGAUGGUUGGCAGCACAGAGUCAGGGUCGAUGUGACAUCGUAUGCUACUUCACCAUAAACGUUUCCUUAUGCAAUCCAUGUAUAGUAUAUUAUCAAAUAACAUUACCCAAUACGUAAGUUCAUGCACUCAUAUCCAAACAAACACAAUGGCCGCUUGAAUGCCUUUCUUUGCUAUACCAUGCAAUGAUAAUGAAUUUAAUUCUACAAUUAGUGUGUAUAACUGCUGAGUAUAGUUCAUCAAUUGUUCGCCAACUCAUUGUAUUUCGAGCUAUUGGAGAGAGAAAGGGGAUCUGAAAUGAUUGUGGCUUCGUUCAUGUUCAACUAAAUGUGAUGUACAUCUGCGAGCGUUAUUUGUAAUCAUGGUUAAAGCUUAUUUUUUUUCUCCCAACAAAGUUUGAAUACUUUCCUAAAUGAACCUACAAAAUGUUUAAGAUGAUUAAGAUGUACAUGUACAUGACACGAACGCAUUCAAAUUACGAAAAUUAAAACAAAAAUAUUUCCUUUAUGGUGAAGUUAUAUGUAGUUAGAUAUUUUCCGUAGAGGUAUUAGUGUUUCAAAGUGCAUAGUAUUAUACAUUGGUAUGUCAAUGUCCGUGUUUUGCUUCGGAAUAUUCCAAAUCACUUUAAUCAAUUUAUCAAAUAUGAAUUAUUUUGAAUGUAAAUAAUACUAUAUUCGUGCUUUACCAUUGAUAUGAAUGUGCAAGCACAAUUAAGAGUUGCAAUCUUUGUCCAUAAACUAAGUACUGAACUUGGCUGUUCCUGCUUAUGUAUUUUGUUGCUUGUAAGGGUAUUUAUUCCCUAACAGACAUUCUGUCAAGUCAGUUUGGCGACAUCUUGUGUAAAUAGAUUGUAUAAAAGUCGAAAUACUUUAUCAAAGCCAGAAAAACCUUGAUUUAUUUAAAAAACUAGUUAGAAUGACUGAAUUUGAUGUAGAUUAGUCCAUUGUAUGAAAGAAAUACUUUUUGGUGAGAAAAAUCGAAUGAUAAGCUCAUCAUAAGAAUUUACUGUCUGUUUGAUUUGGAAAAUUUGUGUUAGACCGAUUCGUUUCAUUUUAAGAAAACACACAGGAAGGGGAUUAUCGUACAUUAAAAAAAAACGAAAUGUUAUCCCAUUUUUAAACCCUAAAUGCUGGUUGGAAUUGUAUGAUAUCAACGACUAUUUUAGCUUGUCCUUGCUUUGUUCUUUGAUGUAAAAAGAUCUAGGUUACCCUUGAGAUGAACUUAAAUAAAAUUAUUGCAAUUUUUA